UGUCAUUGAUUUGAAGAAAGGGGCCCUUGUACUCUCGUUUGCCUUACGCCUCGCUCGGAUCUCGAAGACCGUCCAUUCAUCCUUUAUUUUUUCCCUUCCACUUUCCCUUUCGCUCGGAUAUCGGGAGCUCAUUUCUCCUCCAGGGACGCUCUCGAUCCAGCGAGGGAACGUCCGCCGACUAAGAGAGAAAGGAGACAAUCUGCUGUUAUGUAACGAUUUCGAAUCGGAAACAAGAUUUCUCCGAUGAUUCUUAAUAAUAAGAAAGAAAAAGAAAUCUUGAAAGAAAGAACGGAGAAGAUCAUACCAAUAAUUUAAAUCCAUUGGCAAAUUAUACUAAUGGAAGGAAUUGCGAAGCAGUUGAAGCGAGGAAUCUCCCGCCAGUUCUCGACGGGGUCCAUGCGGAGGACCUUUAGCCGGCAGUUCUCUCGGCAGACUUCUCUCGAUCCGAGGAGGAAUAAUAUGAGAUUUAGCUUUGGGAGGCAGUCGUCAUUAGAUCCCAUACGGAGGAGCCCUAUCCAUGAUGAGCAGUUUAAUGUUCCGGAGAAUCUUGACACUACGAUGCAUCUGCUGUUCCUGGCGUGUAGAGGAGAUGUGAAGGGCGUAGAGGAUUUGUUGAAUGAAGGAAUUGAUGUUAAUAGUAUUGAUUUGGAUGGGAGGACUGCUUUGCAUAUUGCUGCUUGUGAAGGACACUUGGAGGUUGUCAAGCUUUUGUUGAGUAGAAAGGCUAAUAUUGAUGCUCGUGAUCGCUGGGGCAGCACGGCAUGUGCUGAUGCCAAGUACUACGGAAAUGUUGAAAUUUACAAUGUUUUGAAGGCACGAGGAGCCAAAGCCCCGAAAACCAGGAAGACCCCAAUGGCUGUUGCGAAUCCUCAAGACGUCCCAGAGUAUGAGCUUAAUCCAUUAGAGCUGCAGGUUCGGAAGUCCGAUGGCAUCUCGAAGCAGGGAUCAUAUCAAGUGGCAAAAUGGAAUGGCACCAAGGUUACUGUAAAGAUACUUGAUAUGGACAGCUAUUCAGAUCCUGAGAGCAUAAAUGCUUUCAAACAUGAGCUAACCUUAUUGGAGAAGGUUAGGCAUCCUAAUGUGGUUCAGUUUGUUGGAGCAGUUACCCAAAAAAUACCCAUGAUGAUUGUUUCAGAGUAUCAUCCCAAAGGUCAUUUGGCAAGUUAUCUUCAGAAGAAAGGGCGUCUUUCUCCAUCCAAAUUUUGGAGAUGUUCUCUUGAUAUCGCUAGGGGAAUGAACUAUCUUCAUGAAUGCAAACCAGAUCCCAUCAUCCAUUGUGAUUUAAAGCCAAAAAAUGUUUUGCUGGAUAAUGGUGGUCAGUUGAAGAUAUCUGGGUUCGGUCUGAUAAAAUUGUCAAGGAUUUCACCUGACAAAGUUAAACUAGCACCUGGAACUCCCAUUGACCCUUCAGAUAUUUAUAUGGCACCUGAGAUCUAUCAAGAUGAAGUAUGUGAUAGAAGUGUGGAUACAUACUCUUUUGGUGUCAUUUUAUACGAGAUGAUUGAGGGAGUGCUGCCUUUCCAUCCUAAAUCUCCAGAAGAAGCUGUGAAAUUGAUGUGUUUGGAGAAAAAGAGACCAUCAUUCAAGUCAAAAUCAAGAAAUUGUCCUCCAGAUCUAAAAGAGUUGAUUGAUGAAUGUUGGCAUCCAGAACCUGUUGCUAGGCCAACCUUUUCUGAGAUCAUUGUACGAUUGGACAGAAUAGUUGGCCAAUGUUCAAAACAGGGAUGGUGGAAAGACACUUUUAAGCUUCGUUGGAAGUAAGAGGCAUUUUAGUUCCAUUCAAAGAAGGGCAAUAGGAUGAAGUUGGGAAGUCUCCAUAGCCUUGAACAGUUUUGGAGCUUUACAUAUACUAUCCUAAUAAUGAAUCAAAUGGAUACUGGAGAUGAAUUGGAAUGAAAUCAAAAUGAGUUCUGUCCCUUGUUUUUUGCUCUCCUAAGGAUCUGGAACAGUUCCUUUGUGUGUAUAAUAUGUGCAAAUGCUCGUCUUUUGAUAGUGUUUAUUUUCACACAUAUUAAAAAAAAACUAUUUUUGAAAAUGGAAAGAAAAGGGGUACUUUGUUGUAAUGCAUUUGGGAUACGGUGGAUAACUAUGAACAGUGAUGAUAAACAGUUUACUGAGUAAAAUAUCUUUGUAAUGC